AUGCCGCGCUCGUUCCUGGUGAAGACGCACUCCAGCCACAGGGCCCCCAACUACGGGCAGCUGGAGACGCAGAGAGAAACCAAUGGCACCUGUUCUGCCUGCGCGGGGCUGGCAGUGCCCCUCGUCCUCCCAGACAAGGCGGCCCUGUCCACGCCUGGUGACCCUCCCCAGCCCUGGGACGUCACCUCCAUCGUCGCCCACGUCACCCUGCCUCUCCCCACGUUUCUGUGCCACGAGGAAGCUCAGGGAGUCUCGGGGCCGGACCCCCUGGAAGUCAGCCUGGUGGACGCCCGGGCCGGCCAGGCCCCCAGCGCACCUCUCAGAGACAGCCGGCACCACCUCAACCUGCCCCCAAUGCUGGUUCUGCCCACACGCUGGCCCCCGAUCGUGGGCGCAGAUGGGGCCCAGGCUCCAGGCUGCCUGCCGGGGGCCGAGCAGGCCCCCUGCGCCCCGGGGGGCUACCUCUGCCACAAGUCCUUCCACGUGCCGGCCACGCGGGCUGGGCACCAGCAGAUGCACUGCCACCUGCAGGCCCGGCGCUGCUUUACCUGCAGGUUCUGUGACAAGGAGUACGGCAGCCUGGGCGCCCUCAAGAUGCACAUCCGCACGCACACGCUGCCCUGCCUGUGCGCCGUCUGCGGCAAGGCCUUCUCCAGGCCCUGGCUGCUGCAGGGCCACAUCCGGACCCACACAGGUGAGAAGCCCUACACCUGCCCUCACUGCAGCAGGGCCUUCGCUGACCGCUCCAACCUGCGGGCCCACCUGCAGACACACUCGGACACUAAGAAGUACCAGUGCAAGCGCUGUGGCAAGACCUUCUCGCGCACGGCGCUGCUGGUGCGGCACGAGGAGUCUGGCUGCUGUGCCCCCUGAGAAGCAGGCGUCCUCGGAGGGCGCUGCCCUGCCCUGCCCACGUGAGGGGCUUCUCUCUGGGAAGACUCUUAUCCAGAGGAGAACCUCCAUGCUGUUUCCAACGAGCUCUGGUUCCAGUUCUUUUCCUCCCACUUACAGCCUGUUGGCAACCACUUGCCAGCACGCCGAUUCUUGCGUUAGGUGGACGGCGGGGCUGCCCUGGGCACCCCCCACUCCAGACCAGCAGUUUGACUCAGGCCGCGCACACGUGUGGGCCAUUCGUGUGGGCAGAGCUACCCCGAGGCGUACUUCCACCUGCCUUUGAGGGCACCUGGGCCGAGCUGGCUCAUGUCAGGAGUGCACAGGCGCCCGCACGCCACACACACACCCUCCCCUCCUCACUGGGCCAUCCUGAAGCCGGAGCAGCGCGGGAGGACCCGAGGCGGGUGGAUCUGGGGCAAUAAAGAGCCCGCACUCCUGCCGUGACAUCCUCUGAGGCUCGCCCAGGCCCCUGGGUCUGCGGAGGUGGCUGAGCUCUGACAAACCCCACCGAGGAAGCAGGGCUCCUAGGAAAGCAGGGCCCUUCUGGCCAGAGCAGGGGAAGCCGAGGGUAAGGGCCGCGCUGUACGUUCCUUAUGGGGCAGGAGCACCAGGUGAGCAGGGCACCUUCCCUUGGGAGGAAGGGAGUGGAGGUGGGGACAGUACAGCCAGGGCCAGUGAUGGGGGGAGGCUGCAAGAGGGGAACCAAGGCCACGUGUCUGUGGCAGGUGUUCAUCCGGCCAAAGUCUAAUUUAGAGGAGAGUCCAUCGCGCACCUGCAGCAGCCCUACCGAACACCACGGACGCGUCUUCACUGCAGCUACCUCCCCGAGGUGCUGAGCCCAUCACCCAGCACCCCGGCCUCCUUCCUACAUGCUCUCUCCUGAGGCCACAGCACCCCCAACCCAGUGAGCUGCCGGCCUUCGACCCCGCCCGAGACAUACACCUUCCCAAACCGACUCAAAUGCCAAGACCCCACUUCCUUCUUGUAGGUGGCCUCCCUUCACCCUCAGGCCCCGGGCAGUCACCCACUGGGCUGGUCCUGCCUCUGGGCAGCACAUCUGUCAUUUGUGCCAGACCCUGGAGGGUGGUGUUCAGGAGGAGGAAGGAGGCCCGACUCUAACGGAGACUGGCCGAGUCCUUGACGCCGGGAGGGGACACCUGCUCCUCUCUGCGGGAGGGCUGGCCUGCUGUCAGCAGCUCCACGCAGGCCCCGGCGAGGGACAGAGUUAGGCACCUUGGUCCUGCUCCGGGGAUGGCGCGGCGCGGCACGGCGAGCGGCAGAGGCCCCCCCUCGGCCCUGAGCCACCAGACCUGCUGACCUCCUCCCCGUGUGACAGGACGCUAGGAGCGCUUACCAGGACCAUGCAGACCCCAGCUCUGCAGCCCCAUCCCUGGGUCCCCACCUGUAGAUCCCUCCUGAUGUGUCAGGGGCUGAAGGGCCCUGGGGACAUCCCAGAGGAAACCUGACCUUGACAUGGGGCUUCUCUGGACCAAGGGCAACCCUGAUGAAACCGACCACCCAGAAGAGCCCCUGCUCUUGCCUAAACCAGCCUGUAUCUGCUGAUAGAACAGAGACCCUCCCUGAGGAAGCCAUACUCGCAUUCCCAGGCCCGCUGCCUCGCCCCAGAGGCAUCAGCCGCCCUCGAGGGACAGAAGGCAGGACCCAGAGGUUGGAAACAUGCCCCUUAGCUAACACGGCAGUAUGCUGGGGCAGCCGUAACAAACCCACAGAGCAAGGGCCCCAGACCACAGAGACCGACUGCCCCCCAGUCCCAGAGGCCAGGAGUCCGAGACCAAGGUUCCGGCCCAGCUGGUCCCUUCCGGGGCCGAGGGAGAAUCUGCCCCAGGCCUCUCCCAGCUCCUGUGUUUGCUGGCGCCUCCAGUGCUCUGCGGCUCAUGGAAGCCUCACCCCCAUCUCUGCCUCCGUCUUCACGUGGCGUCUCCCCGUGUGCGUGUCUGUCUCUGUGUCCACAUUUCCCCUUUUAUAAGGACACCAGUCGUACUGGGUGAGCACCCACCCUCAUGAUUUCAUCUUGACAACGUCCGCAAAGACCCUGUCUCCAAAUAAGGCCGUGUCCUGAGGUACUCGGGGGUUAGGACCUCAAUAUGUGAACGGGGACACCAUUCACCCUGUAACAACGGAUGAGAGCACACGGUUUGCCCAGAGAUGCCUGGUGGGUCCCUGUGCUUGGGCGUACGGAGAGGAGAGUGGAAUCCUGUCCCCGCACAGCCAGCAAGGACGGAGGCAUCAGUGAUUUCAUGAUGGACUUGCUAGAAACGCCUCCUCCAAACACAGCGUGACCCACCCCCACGAGCCCUCUUGAGUGUGCAGGUGCCUGGCCCCACCUCCUCUCCGCUGUCCUGGUCAGGGGCCCCCAGGAGGUGAGGACAGGCCUCUGCCCUACAGGGACGUCCUCCCACUGUCUCCUAAAGUGCCCAGGCCUCUGCUGAGCAGGGUGGGCAGCCCAGGGCUAGGGAGCCUCUCCUCAUCCCUCGCAAAGGCUAAGCUCCAACCGCGCUCGUGUCUGUGUCUGACCAUCUCACUGGAUAGCUUUUUUUUUUUUUUUUCCUAAUGGCAUCCAGAUGCCUGAAGGAAGCUAAAUUGUAAAUUGUGUUCUAUUUCUGAGCGUCAAUAUCUAAAUGAAGCGAUGCACCUGUUGGGGAUGGAGGAAGGGAAUUUCACAGGCCUAAAUAAA